AUGCCGACAAAGAAGAAACCAUUUAGUGGGAAGGCCAAGAAGCAGCAGCUUCGUGAUAAGCGAGCCAAGAGACGAGACGCACCUGACUCGGAUGAUGAUGCUUGCGGCUCGGAGGUGCAAACAGUGCUUCCAUUGUCACAACCGGCGUUGUCUGGACGAAGAGACCUCCGUACGAUACUGCAAAAAGAAUCUAAGGCCGCUAUCGACGCCAGAAAAAAAGACGCGACGCGCGAGCUCGUGUAUGCAAAAGAUCGCGGCAGCUCACAAUCCAUUUAUUCUCUAGGCAUUCACAAAACAGCUAACCAGCCAUGUAUCUUGACCAAACCGAUUUGGUCACGAGACAUGACGCCAGAUGAUCUGAACGAAGUCGACAAUCGGGCCUAUCAGGAGUGGAUAAACUAUCUUGAGCAAGAGACAUUAAAGCGUAAGGAUGGUGCGCAGCUAAACCUAUACGAGAGGAAUUUAGAGGUAUGGCGCCAACUGUGGCGCGUUGUUGAGCGCUCUUCUGUGCUCGUACACCUCGCCGACGCUCGCUGUCCUUUGCUACAUAUAAGUGAUCAACUUAUUGAGCAUACUCGAACACAAUAUUCAUCAAAACGAGUGGUGCUUGUACUCACAAAGACCGACUUAGUGGCAAAUGAACGUGUUGAGGAAUGGUCAGAUUACUUGCAAAGAAGAUUUGGAAAUGAUAUUCCUGUACUUGCAUACAGCCGCGAUAACAUCGAUGAGAGCAACGCGUUGUUGAUGCGAACCAUCGGUGAAGUAAGCACGCUUAUCGAUCACAGCAGCCACGAUGAUAAUUGCUCCGAAGUAGAAGUUAAAAAUGGAACGCUUACGAUCGGAUUCGUUGGAGAGCCGAACGUUGGCAAAAGCUCACUACUUAAUAGCCUUUUUGGUCGCAAGCUUGUGAGCGUGUCAGCAACUCCUGGUCACACCAAGCACAUGCAGACGCACUAUUUUGAGCAUGUGGAGAUGUUGGGUCGAGGUGACAGCUUUUCCUCCCGUGUACUCGUAUGCGACUGUCCUGGCGUGGUGUUUCCUCGCUUUAACGUGCCGGUGCUGCUGCAGAUUCUGUUUGGUAGCUUUCCAAUAGCUCAGACGCGCGAACCGUUUAGUGCUGUGCGAUUUAUAGCAGAGAAUUGUGUGCCUCAUCUCCACGAAGUCUACAAGCUUAAGCCUGUGGAGGAAGAUAACAACAAUUGGAGUCCUUACACGCUGUGUGAGUCUUACGCGCAACUUCGCGGCUUUCGCGUGAAAGGUGGCAAGUUUGACGUGCACCGUGCAGCCAACUUGAUACUAAGAGACACACUCAACGGUAGAAAAGUUGUGUUAUCCUUUCCUAGGCCAGCGGUGACUUCGCAAGAAUGA